GGCAGUUUGGCUAGACAAAAGGAAACACCUUCGUCACACAAAAAUUUCGAUUUAGAUUUCAACCCUGUUUAUCGUCUUGACCUUUCAUAUUCUGACCCACCCAUCCUUUGCUUUUUCAUUUUCAGUUUGGAUCAGCACCCAGCUGCAAGUGCCUCUAGUAAGCCGGUGUGCUGUUUGCCUGCUGUUUGUUUUGUUUCGAUUUGUUUCCUGUUUAAUCCUUUUUUUUUCCAAUAUGCCUCACUCCUGGAAGAGAUCAUUUUUGCCCCUGCAUUUGCCAUUCCUGCGACUCGCAGUCGCUGUGCAAAUUGACGUGGAGAGGAACCUGCUGCGCUUGAAGAACAAGCGCAACACGGAACAACAGGCGCAUAGCAGAAGUGAAAGCGGCGCCACGGUCGGGAACGUCAAUACCAACGAGAAGGCGGCCGACAGUUCCGCUCUUACGACGAGCACGCUCUCCACCCUGGCUGAGUUGUCGCGCCGGCAGUUGGGUCGAGGGGAAGAAGAGCUUCAACAAAAUUCACAACAUCAAAAUACCACCGCUGUUUCUGCGGGAAGCGAAGGAGAUGAGCCGGCAGAUGCGGUGCCAGAGCCGACCCUCUCGCCGGAUGUUGACGAAGCGGCAGACAACAGCAAAGCAAUGGCGACAGAGGAUGAGGUGGAGGCGGCCGAGGUGCCAGUAGACCUCGCAGUUUCAUCAUCUUCGGGGUUACCACCGGCUCCGCUAGAUCGUGCAGUUGUAAAGCAGGCGCAGGACCAGUCCUGCGCCGAGAUUCUAAACAGAGAAGCAACCCCCGUAGUCACGGUCUCGCAGUUGUUUGCAGCCGUUUUCGAGGCGAGAGGCUCGCCCAAGCGGGUUCGCAAGGAGGUGCUCGCCUUGUUCGAGGAGACCGGUAAAUCUCCCCAAAGGCAAGUACCACAGGAUCCGGAUGAUGAAAGGACAACAUCAAGCAGUAAAAAGGUGUGGUGCAGCGUGAAAUUGGGCUUAGAGAAGGACGGCGUAGCUGUGUCUGUCGACGCGACGGGCAAGCCGGAGGACCCGGAGCUUCUGCAGGCGUACCUAUUGCUUCAAGAGGCCACCUCCGAGUCCGACCCGGAGGCGCCGCAAACGGGCGGCGUGCUGAUUGCGGCGUUGGCGAAAUUGCGGGAGGUGGCGGAGAAGCACGGACUCCCGGUUGAGGAGGACGCUCUGCACCUGCUCAAGGCUGCGGAAGACGAGGACAACCAAGCCGCUUGGCGGGCGAAAUUGCAGGGAAGGCGCAAUGUGCCCGUGCUUCUGGGCGCCUCGGGUGAGGGUCGUUCUUCUGACCUCGGGGACGUAAGUCAUCUGGACGGAGCAGGACAGGCAAGUGGCCCGGGGGACGAGGAAGAAGAGGAAGAAGGACCAGCCGAGCCGGAAGCUCCGCCACCGACCACCUACACGGCUAGUGACCCGUGGCCCCCGCGGGAGUUCUGCGUGGAGCAGGGCCUGAAAAAGAUGGCCGGGUCCCCCGUGGAGUACCGCGUCUUCUUCUCAUAUGGAACUGUCAGGAUUGAAAUCGACAAAGUUGAAAUGAUUUGCCAUGCAUAAAAUGGAUGCCCGUUGGUGUCCAGUUUCCAGCUGGCGCAUGACAAAUUUGGGAAGAGCAGAAACCCAGUUUGUCAUGCUGUUUGGGUAAGGAAGACGCCUUUUGUCAUGCUACUUUAGCAGCUCUACUGCUACCCCUCAACAGGCAUACAAUCUGCCUCCCUUGCCUACUCAGCAAGACAAGCACUUUGUGGCUUGCAUUUUAUGCAUCGCAAACUAUUUCAACUUUGACGAUUUCAAACCUGACACUCCCACACCUCCUGUCCCUGCUCGCAGGCCGUGGACAUUGAGAUGGCCUCCGCGCUGGACCACGUGCGCGAGUGGAGCGGCGCGGACAACAGCGUGGAGUACGCGGUUCGAAGCGUAACUCACGCGCAACGUGACGGAAACAACAAAACCGAGGUGUUCCACUGGAGCAGCUACGAAACGGACCCGGUCAGCGAGGAGGUGCACAACGCACUCGGGUCGUACAGCACGCUCGGCCUCUCCGAGUCCUGCGGGCUGCAGUGCGCGGACCGCCGGAAGCGGGUCCUGCAGUGCCGGAAGUGCUACAUCGACAUCGUCAACAGCAAGCAGCUGGCGGUCCUCGCGAACGACAACGUGCAGCCGUGGGUGUUUCAUGCGGGGCAGUUCGCAAACGAAACGGACGACAAGUCGUUAAGCGAGUGCCUGGCGGAGCACGAGUGUGGUCCGUCUUUUGUCGGGCUGGACGCCUACCAGAGCAGCCCCGCGCUGCGGAAAAGGUUAAAGGUGUCGGGCAAGUGGAAUCCGCGGCACCCGCAGUGGUGGUUUCACAGCGGCAAAUCGGACACCCUGCGGGACUGCGUGGCGUUCACCUACGACACCAGAAAACAGAAGUGCCGCCUCUUUCCCCCGACCUUCGAUCCGAAGCAGUGGUACGAAACGAUCUUCGCGGUGGAAGAAGGUGGUCGUGCUCCUUCACCGAACAAGGAGGUCCCGGAAGCCGCAUCCUCCGAUAAAGAUGCGGUGCUCCUGCUGGGUGGGGGCAGCGCUAGCGCAUCAAUGAGCAAGACCGGCGGCGACUACUUUACUGUGGACGGCACCGCUGGCGCCGGCUCGCCGCCAGUAA